AGCCCGUGAACGGCCCUGGCUCAGCUCUCAGGGCCAGAGUGGGGCAGGAGGAUGCUUUCCCAGCCCCACCAUGGAGCUGCGCUGUGGGGGAUUGCUGUUCAGUUCUCGCUUUGAUUCAGGGAAUCUAGCCCACGUGGAGAAGGUGGAAUCUGUGUCUAAUGAUGGGGAAGGAGUAGCAGGUGGGGCAUCAGCUCCCACCAGCAGCAUUGCCUCUUCCCCUGACUAUGAGUUCAACGUGUGGACCCGACCAGACUGUGCUGAAACAGAAUUUGAGAAUGGGAACAGGUCAUGGUUCUACUUCAGUGUCCGGGGAGGAACUCCAGGGAAACUCAUCAAGAUCAACAUUAUGAACAUGAACAAGCAAAGCAAGCUGUAUUCCCAGGGCAUGGCCCCCUUUGUGCGCACACUGCCUACCCGGCCACGCUGGGAACGUGUUCGAGACCGGCCCACCUUUGAGAUCACAGAGACGCAGUUUGUGUUGUCCUUUGUUCACCGUUUCGUGGAGGGCCGUGGGGCCACCACCUUCUUCGCCUUCUGCUACCCCUUCUCCUACCAUGACUGCCAGGAUUUGCUAAACCAGCUAGACCAGCGCUUUCUGGAGAACCACCCUACCCAUAGCAGCCCCCGGGAUACCAUCUAUUACCACCGGGAGAUCCUUUGCUAUUCUCUGGAUGGACUUCGUGUAGAUCUGCUAACAAUCAGUUCCUGCCAUGGGCUUCGGGAAGAUCGAGAGCCCCGUCUAGAGCAGCUAUUUCCUGAUACCGGCACCCCCCGACCAUUCUGUUUCACAGGCAAGAGGAUAUUCUUCUUAAGCAGUAGGGUACACCCUGGGGAGACUCCAUCUAGCUUUGUCUUCAAUGGCUUUCUGGACUUCAUCCUUCGACCUGAUGACCCCCGGGCCCAAACCCUACGUCGUCUCUUUGUCUUUAAGCUGAUCCCCAUGUUGAACCCUGAUGGUGUGGUCCGGGGCCACUACCGCACAGACUCACGUGGAGUGAAUCUGAACCGUCAGUACCUGAAGCCUGAUGCAGUCCUGCACCCGGCCAUCUAUGGAGCUAAAGCUGUACUUCUCUACCACCAUGUGCAUUCCGGUCUAAAGUCCCAGAGUCCCUCUGAGCACCACUACAGUCCUCGUCUCCCUGCUGAUGCUCCCCUUUCUGACUUUGAAAAAGCCAACAACCUACAAAAUGAAGCUCACCUUGGGCACACAUCUGACAAGGAUAACCCUAAGGCGUGGACACAGACUGAGCCAGCAGAGCAGAAGCCCAACAGGGUGUGGAUUAUGCCACAACAGUCCCCUGAGGUUGAGCAGCCAGCCCCCGACACCAUCCCCCCCAAAGAGAGUGGUGUUGCUUACUAUGUAGAUCUGCACGGACAUGCUUCCAAAAGGGGCUGCUUCAUGUAUGGAAACAGCUUUAGUGAUGAGAGCACCCAGGUGGAAAAUAUGCUGUAUCCAAAGCUCAUCUCCUUGAACUCAGCCCACUUCGAUUUCCAGGGCUGCAAUUUCUCAGAGAAGAAUAUGUAUGCCCGAGACCGCAGAGAUGGCCAGUCUAAGGAGGGAAGCGGCCGGGUUGCAAUCUACAAAGCCUCAGGGAUAAUCCACAGCUACACACUUGAAUGCAACUACAACACUGGACGCUCAGUAAACAGCAUCCCUGCCGCCUGCCAUGACAACGGGCGCGCCAGCCCCCCUCCCCCGCCGGCUUUCCCCUCCAGAUACACUGUGGAAAUGUUUGAGCAGGUGGGACGAGCUAUGGCCAUUGCAGCUCUGGACAUGGCAGAAUGCAAUCCGUGGCCUCGAAUUGUGCUGUCAGAGCACAACAGCCUCACGAACCUCCGGGCCUGGAUGCUAAAACACGUGCGCAGCAGCCGAGGCCUGAGCAGCACUGUGAACGUGGGUGUCAACAAGAAGAGAGGCUCUCGAACUCCACCCAAAAGUAACAAUGGAUUGCCUGUCUCCUGCUCUGAAAAUACCUUGAGCCGUGCACGAAGUUUUAGCACUGGCACAAGUGCUGGUGGUAGCAGCAGCAGCCAACAAAAUUCUCCACAGAUGAAGAACUCCCCCAGCUUUCCUUUUCAUGGCAGUCGGCCUGCAGGGCUGCCAGGCCUGGGCUCUAGCACCCAAAAGGUCAGCCACCGGGUGCUGGGCCCUGUCAGAGAACCCCGAAGCCAGGACAGGAGACGGCGGCAGCAGCCACUGACCCAUCGCUCUACUUCAAGCAGCCUGGCCCCAUCCCCAACUCCUGCUAGUUCUAGCCCAGCCGCCUCACGCAACAUGGGCUCCUGCCUACUGCCCAGUUCACUCAGCAUAUCAGGGAGCAGUUGCUCACUCUUGUCCUCAGGGGACAAGCCUGAGGCUGUCAUGGUGAUUGGGAAAGGUCUGCUAGGGACUGGACCUCGGAUCCCCUGUAUCAGGACCCAAUUGCAGGCUAGGCCUCGGUUGGGCCGGGGCUCACCGCCGACUUGCAGAGGGAUGAAAGGCUCUUCAGGCCCCACAUCCCCUAUCCCCCGGACCAGGGAGAGCAGUGAGCCGGAGCCGGGACCCCACUCUGCACCAGGGCUGCCUCAGGCCGGGCCCCCACGGUCCCACUCUGCCCCUGCCUUUUCUCCUAUUUCCUGUAGUCUCUCUGACUCCCAGUCGUGGAUUUGUUACAGCGGGGGGCCCUUGAGCCAACCUGAGGUUUGUUUUGUCCCUAAGUCUCCCCCACUCACUGUUUCUCCCCGGGUCUGAUGCCUUGACCUUCAUGCCCGGGAUAUAGCCCCAAGAGGGGGAACACAGUGAGAAAUGUGCUAGUCCCCUCCUUCAGCUGCUGAUUCCAUGUGACAACCAUAACUCCUUGUAAUGCCAGCCACACUGUUCUGAGGCAUCGCAGAGCAUCACCUUAAGAAAAGACAAAGCAGGGACCUGCCACCCCUUCCCUCCCUCCAGAGCACAAGAUUUUGGGACCACAAAAAAAAUCUAUAUUUUUAUACUUGGGGGGAGGGAGUAGAAAAGAAAGCAGCCCCUGUGCUGGGCCCUACUCAGUGGCAGCUUCUUGUUCCAUAGGGUUAAGGAAGACUUUGAGGAAAUAAAAGUUGUUUGGAAAAAUC